UCACAGGCGCGGGAAUUUUUGCACUGUACCAAUUUUGUGACCUACGUACGCCUGCCGCGUAUUACGCUUCACGCCCGAUUUCGCACAUUACACCGGCGUUGGCAACAAUUCUGCUUCAGCCGUCACGAUUCUGUUUUCAAUCGCAAUGGAUAUCGAGAAAGUGGGCGAGAAACUUGGCACUAAAAGACAAUGGUUAAAGGAGUUCCUGUCAGAAUUGGCGGGAUCAUUUCUCCUAGUGUUCGUCGGCAGUUGCUGUGUAGCACAGAAGGUCCUGCGCUGGGAUGUGGGCAAUUUCAUAACUGCCAACAUGGGCUACGGCUUUGGUCUCAUGCUGGCUGUGCUCAUCUCAGGACCAUCUGGCUCACAUCUGAAUCCAGCAGUGACAUUAGCAUUUUGUGUCAUUGGUAAAAAGCCAUGGAAGGAUUGUCUACAUUAUUUUCCAGCACAGUACCUUGGUUGCUUUUUAGGUGCAGCAUUUGCAUAUAUUGUGUACCUUGGAAUUCUCAUGCUCUUGCUUUGUCAUAUGGGAGCUUGUUGAUGACCUUUGCCCAAGAAUAUAGAACCCAAGUCUGAACAUGGGACAAAAAGAGAUGCUUUGUACAAUUUUGAUCAUGGAGAUCGUCAGGUGACUGGUCCCCUUGGUACUGCUGGUAUUUUUACUACUUACCCAGCGCCUUACUUAUCACUUGUUGGAGCAUUCAUAAAUGAGAAGGUGUAUGAUGAGACCCAAUUUGAUGUGCUGAAUAUCAAGAAGAAUCGGAAUUUAGUUGCAG